AUGACACCUCCCCAGAAUUCCAGAGCUACGCGCUCAUCCUUAGCCUGUUUACCAUGUCGCUCGCGACACCUGAAGUGCGACGGGAGGCGACCAGCUUGCGCUCGUUGCUCCGAAUCUGACCAACAAUGCCACUACGCUCGAUCGCGCCGCGGUGGGUUGGAUCGCGCGGCCCUAGCAGAGCGUCGCAAACGACUUUCGGGCGUCAUUAAUACUGAGCAGGUCUCAAUCGCCGAUGACUGGAGUCCGCCAGGGGCUGCGGGAGCUCAAGGCGAGCUGGAUCUCACGUCACAAUUCAUUGAGGCGGAUUUCGACAAUGGCGGGGGUCUGCUCGAUGGCAUCGCUCUUGGCAAUACGACCUCCAAGGUCGACUCGCCAGGAUCAGCCACCUCUUGUCAGGUCCAGAUGACCAACAUAGAGAAGGAUUCCCUGGUUCAUUCUUACUACAAGAACUUCCAUCGAUUCCUCCCUCUACUCCUACCCAGACGCCACAUGACCAGACACUACCAAAAUCCGAACCGCCAGCUGAGCCUGAAACCCCUGAUUGCAGCCAUGCGCCUGAUUGGAUAUAUUUACAACUUCCGCGAAUGGUCAUCUGCCUUGCAAGACCACGUGGAAACAUGUCUAGCCCAGGCCAUGCCGUCAGAUCCAGUCGUGGUCCAGGUCCGGCUAUUAUACUCUGUGGCCCUGUUUUGGUACGACCAUAAAAGUCAGGCUAAAACGGAAAUGGACGAUGCAAUACGACUCGCCCUGGAUCUGAAUAUGCAUCAUGAAGAAUUUGCUGUCCAAAAUGGGGCCGAGGAUCCUGUAGUCGAGGAAAGCUGGCGACGAACAUGGUGGAUGUUGUACACUGUCGAUGCAUAUUAUGCAGGGACCCUGGGAACGAUGGAGUUUCAAGUCAUGGAGGUCGAUGCAACCGUGGGGCUGCCUUGCGAAGAGCAAGAAUACGAGUCGGGAGUGAUACCUGUUCCAAAGACAGUGCAAGAUUUUGAUUGUCGAGAAUUUUCUCCCGAAGAUACGGUAUUCUCUUCGUUUGCAUACCUCAUCGGCGCCGUAAAGUGCGCGGCUUUGGCGAUAUACGCGGCCCCCAAGAACGCGGUAAAAGAGGACUCGUUACCUGUCAUUCAGGCUGCCGACUCAGCCCUAGAUGGAUGGCUGCUUCUUUUGCCAAAGGAUGAUAAGCAGGUGAUGACCAAGACUGGUGAAAUCGACGAACUGAUGUUUCAGGCGCAUUUACUCAUACAUGUCGCGAGUAUCGGCAUCCACAGACCACUCUCAGACCUAAAAUUCAAUCCCAUUGAAGAUAUCUCAAGCUGCGCUCGAAAUCCGCCUCCCGAUAACCCUACGCCGGAGUUGAUUAAUGUCCAUACUGUUCGAGUCAUCCGAGCGACCGAGGCCCAGAUUCGUCUUCUGGCGUUGCCGGUUCGGCCAUUUCACCACACCCCCUUCUCAACAUGCAUGAUCAGCGAGGGCAUUUUGGCACUCCUAUCUGCCUGCCAUUUCUUGCUAAAAGGGAAAAAACUGGCCAUAGCAAGAGAUCAGAUUCGGAUGACAAUCGGUUGCCUCAAGACAUUGGCUGGCCUGUGGCCAAGAACUGCGAGAAAUCUUCGCGAGAUCCAAACCAUUGCUCACCGUGUGCUAGGACUUGGGCCCAAACUCACAAGCAAUAAUGGAACUCCUUGUUCCAGUGACCUGCCACAUCUAUCUGGUGGCAAUGGCCAGGGAAAUUUGGGGUCGGAGGGCGAAGCCUCGAGUAAUGACACCGAUAUGCUUCCUCUUUUAAGUUCUAUCGAUGAUCUUUGUGGAUGGUACAAUAUUGGUGACUUGAGCACCGACUUUGCAUGGGAUAUGAACAACGCUUCAUGA